UUGUCCGUACAUUAUAUAGCAUAAUAAAACACCCAUACACUGCACACCAAACGGGCAAGCUCAGAAUUGCUUGCUGCCUCGGUUCUCUUAUUAAGGAGAUGUGGUUUGCAUGUCUACGACCGCUACCGACGACAUCCAAAUUCCGUUGUUCAAAUGUGUUUGGUUCGAAAUCCCGACAAUGUCUGCCGAGAGCCGUAAAUGUGAAGCUGAAGCCUUUGGUCCGAAUGAGGAGUAGCCACAGUUUGGCUGAAAGGGAGCUUCGGAGCCUUCUGCCGACCAUGGAGGAACUCGGUCUGAGAGAAGGUGAUCACGUAACUGUUGGUAUGUCAGGUGGGGUCGAUUCUGCAACAACGUUGCGAAUAUUACGAGAGUUUCCCAUCCAUCUUGACGUUGUAUUCAUGCGCAACUGGGACCCUCUACUAUCUGAAUCGCCUCCUGAAUCUUCUUUGCCACCAUCUCCCAUAUCUCUAGCAUACUCUUCGGGCUCAACCUCGAACAGAGAGCAGAAUCUUUCUCCUUGCCAAUGGGAGCGAGAUUGGAAUGAUGUCCUAAAAGUGGCUACACAAGUUGGGAUCCCAAAGGACUCGAUCAAGCUUGUAGAUCUGUCGAAGGAGUAUUGGAGUAGAGUGUUUGAGCCCGCAGUGGGAGUAUGGGAGAGGGGGGGAACGCCUAACCCAGAUGUGGAUUGUAAUAGAGAGAUCAAGUUUGGUGCUCUGUUGGAUGUCUUGCCAAAGAAAGACAGGCAUUUCCUUGCAACGGGUCAUUAUGGCCGUGUUGCUCACGUCCCUCUACUAUCACAUCCAGGACCUUCAAAGCUUCUACGAGCAGUGGAUAAAUCCAAAGAUCAAACCUAUUACCUCUCUCAAAUGACCGAACAACAGCUAUCUCGCGCAAUUCUUCCACUCGGAAGUUUAUUAAAAACCGACGUCAGACGACUGGCAGAGCAUUGGGGUUUACCAAACGCAAAGAAGGAAGAGUCUAUGGGCGUGUGUUUCAUUGGGGAGCGGGGAAAGUUUGGAGAUUUCAUCUCGCAAUACACGUCCCCACCCGAAUCAGGCUAUCUUGUUAACCUUUCCGGUGAGCGCUUGGCAGAGCACAAGGGACUCUGGUACUACACCAUUGGUCAACGGGCCAGGGUUGCGAAUCAGUUGAAACCCAUGUUUGUCGCAAAGAAAGGCGUAGGGGAGAAGGGGACUGAUAUAUUAGUCGUCCCGGGAUCGGACCAUCCGAUGUUGCUCUGCAAAAGUGUUCAUACCUCCGAUUUCCACUGGAUACACGACACAUUCCCACGAGAAUUGCUUGUGAAAGAACCGGAGAAAGUGGGUAUACAAGUCAGGCAUAGGAUGAAUCCUGUUGGCGGUCGAAUCGUCGUAGGUGGUAACGUCAAGGAUGUGACUGUAGAGUUCAAUGAUCCGAUCGUCGGCGUGAGCCCUGGACAAGUCGUAGCCAUCUGGCAUGAUGGUUGGUGUCUUGGAAGCGGGGUCAUCGACGGUACAAAAUGUGAAGGGGAAAAUAUGAGGGGGGGGACGGGGUGAGAUGGGAGUGUGAAUGAGAUAGAAGAUAUUUUGGCGGAAUGAGAGAGAUCUUGAGGGGGGGGGGGAUCGAAAAUUCCACCAUAUCACCAUAGCAUCAUAAAACACACAAUCUGUUGUAACAUAUAUAGCAUCAUUCACUUUGCACAGAGCAUUUGACUCACGUCACGUAAGUCGUCAAAACGGCAUAUCUCAUGCAGGGUAUAAACACAAUACGAAUCUAUUAGCCU